AUGACUGCCAUGGACCGUACCGAGAGUGCUAUUGAAGUAUUACUCCGGGAUUUAAAACCCAAUAUUGUCUUAUUUGAUUUCACCUACUGGAUGCCAAGACUGGCUUCCCGCUUAGGUAUUAAGUCCAUGUACUACUGUGUUGUCAGCUCGGUAACUAUUGGAUAUAUUAUGUCUCCGGCUAGAAGAGAAAGUGGGAACAACUUAACUGAAGCUGACCUUAUGCAGCCACCCUUAGGCUUCCCAGACUCGCAGAUCAAGCUCAAAUCUCAUGAGGCACGAGGAUACAUUACAAGAAGAGUUAUGAAGUUUGGUAGCGAUGUCAUGUUCUGCGAUCGCAUAUAUUUGGGAAUGAGCCAAUGUGAUGCACUUGGAUUCAGAACAUGCCGAGAAAUUGAAGGACCUUAUCCUGACUAUGUUGGAAACCAGUUUGGCAAGCCUGUUUUGCUUUCAGGACCAGUUAUACCAGAGCCAAACCCCUCAACUUUAGACGAGAAGUGGUCCGAGUGGUUUGGAGAAUUCAAGGCCAAUUCUGUGAUAUACUGUGCAUUUGGAAGUGAAUGCACUUUGGAGAAGGAUCAAUUCGAAGAGUUGCUCUUAGGUUUGGAGCUUACUGGUAUCCCAUUCUUGGCAGUUCUGAGACCACCUGCAGGUUACGAGUCCAUUGAACUCGCAUUGCCUGAGGGUUUUCAAGAGAGGAUCCGUGGAAGAGGUAUAGUCCAUGUAGGAUGGGUUCAACAACAGUUGAUUCUGGAGCAUCCAUCUGUUGGGUGCUUCAUUACUCAUUGUGGCUCAGGUUCCUUAUCCGAGGCAUUGAUAAAUAAAUGUCAGCUGGUUCUGCUACCACAUGUAGGGGACCAUAUAUUCCAAGCAAGAACAAUGAGCUUGCAUUUGAAGGUUGGAGUGGAAGUUGAGAAAGGAGAAGAAGAUGGGUUGUUCACCAAGGAAACUGUCUUUAAGGCUGUAAGGACUGCAAUGGAUGAAGACAGUGAAGUUGGCAGGGUUGUUCAGGCCAACCGUGCGGCACUGAGAGAGUUAUUGAGCAGCAAGAGUCUGGAGUCCUCUUAUAUUGACAGUUUCAAUGAACAGCUUCAAGUUCUUCUCGGCUGA